AGCGUUCCUUAAUUUUCGCGCUGCUUGAGAUAAUGCAGGCUCAGGAACAUUACUUAACCGUGACGGUAUACAACUAAGCCUUAAAAUGCACCGUAAGGAAAGGAAGAAUUUACGAUAAAUCAUCAACAAAACAAACCAAGGAAGGUGCAGAGCUCGAUAUUUAUGGAAAAGACUGUAUCUGUCAGGGUCCUUCUUGGAGUACUACUGAUUGUCGCCGUUUGUUUGGAAAGUACAAAUGGCAAUAGGUACCACGCCCAUUGUGAUUCGCGGCCGACUGUUGUCCGUGUUGACGAACCCCAAUAUCGUUACUAUCCCUUCUUCGUAACCCUCAACCGAUGCGAUGGUUCGUGUUCUACUCACCCCGGAAAUCAGGCUUGUAAACCCAUCGAGGAAGAAGAAGUCAAGAUAGAACUCUUCCAUACGUCGAGGAAUGAAGCCGCACAGGUGGUAAUGACCAAUCAUACGAGGUGUAAGUGCAAGUGUGUGGCUUCAUUCGAUAGCUGUCAUCUGGAGUUAGAAUCGUGGGAUCCUGAUAACUGCCGCUGUAUAUGCAGAUACCCGCAUGGACCACCUCAAGAUCUAGCUUGCAAACCAGGCUUCAGAUGGGUUCGCGAUAUAUGUCGAUGUCGGUGUAACAAGGCACCAGAGGUUUGUCCGCCAAACAAGGUUUGGAGCGAAGAAUCAUGCGGUUGUGUUUGCACCAAAAGAAUUACCAAGAGAUGCGAAAGGAAAGGGAAAGUACUUGAUCCAGAAAAAUGCGAGUGUGUUGAUAUACAAGCCUUAUUACGACGAGACACUACAGAAGACAAGUCAAAGUCGCGCUUGUUUAUCACCUUACUUGUUGGUCAAGGGUUCCUUCUCGUCGUCAUCAUAUGCGUUCUUAUACACUACAUUCGAAAAUCCAAAAGAAAGACGCCACCGCCCGACCAUGAAGAAGAAAACACUCCAAAUCCAACUCAAUCGCCUGCAGAUUCAGGGAACAUCAGCAUUAAUUCCAGUCAGGACACAUGUGAACAUGGUUUGACUUCAAACGAGAAUUUUAACUCUAGCAACGGCUCCGUAAACCUUUGGAAUGGUAUUCUGCUAUCAAAAGAAACUGUUAUUGACUAGCAUUCCACUUUCUCUUAUAGUAUUAAGACUACUGUAAAUAUUUAACUAUUAUUUUAGAGAAAUGCGCCUAUCUAGGAAUCUAGAGUGACUUAGCUGUAGUGUGCUCGCCUCUCACGGCGAGGCUCGUUUCCUAGACUCGACAUCACAUGUGAGUAAAGUUGCUUGGGUAUCUAUCUUGAUUCGAGGGUUUUUCUCCGGGUUAUCUAGUUUUCCUCCCUCCACAAAACUCAGAAAGCAAAAUUUUAAUUUGUUCUGCCAUGCCCUGACUUAGAUCAGCCCAGACGUUGUUUCAGGGUAUCGAUAAAAUUUGGACAUCAUUACGGAUCAUUCCCCACUAACCAAAAGUUAAACAACCCUCUCUCCUCUCCCCCAAACAUGUGACGUAACAACUAAAUUGCCAAUAGAAAUGCGGUUAAUAUGCACUUGGAUACGCUCUUGUACAAAGUUAACGAAACUAUGAUUUUUCAGUGUACGUAGAUGGAAAUCAAAGCAUGAUCACUAAUGCGCAUAUUUAAAGUACUCUAAAAAUUUAACAUAAAUAUGAGAAAAGAUAAGACAAAAAGUUGUGUAAUACAGUUUGAUAUUUGGUGUUACUUACCUUUCAUACGAUAGGAAAAGUAUUUCAAAUUUUGUUGAUAAGGUCAAACUGUCUGCGCGCGCAUGAUAUCUUUGGCGAGUGUUUCCUCUCGAAACGCGCGCGCCGUGUAAUAAUGGCAAUACAUUAUAUGGGACCAUAUAGCAUGGGUGCGGGCGCAGCCUGUAUGGGUGUCCUCAAAAUUUAACAAUAUUUUAACUAUUUUUUGUCAUAUGAUAAACAAUUUCUGACGCGAAAAUUUCAAAAUUCUAACGAUCGUUAGAGUAUCAGUUGUAUCGAGCAAGGUUUGGUGAACUAACCUUUAUAUAUUUUUAUACUAUACGUAAUAAUUUAUUAUAUAAGACACCAAUCUCCGCAAGCAAAAUUCAUAGGCGUGGCAGACCUUGCUGCACAUUCCCACUACUGUUGUUGCUCAGAGAUUCACGAUGAUAUAAUACUAUUGUAUGGCCUAGGGAGGGUUGCUUAGUCCUUAAUCUUAUUAUGACGCCACACAAAGGGGCUUUCAUUUUUUUAGCUAAU